AUGUCAGAUAAAGACCCUAAAAGUCCUUUCGCUGACCAAUCAUACAAUCUGAUCCAUACAUUUGACGAAGGAAAUGUACAAACCCCCGAUAAUAGUUUUAGUGAUCGAAAUCAAAAAGCUUUAAAAUUGAAUAAUAGGGUUCUCAGUGAUGAGAGUUUCAAAACCACUAAACUGACUCCGGAAAAUAAUUCAUUUGACCAAAGUCAAUACAACGAUGAUGACAGUUUGAAUAGUGCUUUACCCACACCCAAUCUUUCAACCGAACAGAGAUUUCGUCCUCAAUCACCAUUAAGUCCUAACUAUUCAAGAAAACCUUCAUUAAGAUUCAAAUUACCUAAUUCAUCAAUUACUGAUAAUCAAGGUCAUCAAGGUCAUAAUCUUAAGAAUGCCAUCCUAGAAGAUGAGAUUUUCGAUUUCAAACAGCCCAAUUCUCCUUUUAAUGAUAAUUUGAAAUUUCAAACAGUAGAUUUUGAUGAAGAUGAUGAUACUUAUUAUAAUGAACAAGAAGGUAUGAAAAGACAUAGAUGGGGUACUACCAGAAAUAAACAGGGGAAACCUAAGAAAGAAAACCUCGGUCGAUCUAAAACCUUGAAAGGUAUACUAUCACCACAGGGAGUAAUGAGAUCAUUAUCGACCCGAACGAACUCCAAAUCAAAUUCAAAAGCUAAUUCUCGAACCAAUUCUCGAGCCAAUUCUCGAUCUAAUAGUAUUAGAGGUAACACUAACAGUGCUAUCAUUGCUUCUUAUGACACAAGCGAUGAAGAAGAUGAAGUUAUAGAGCCUGUGGAUCCUAAAGAUAGAAAACAUGAAACAAGAACCGUGGUGGUCAAUCGUCAAUUACCUUCAGAUUUACUUGAUCCUAUUACCGGGAAAGCACUGAUAAUAUAUCCAAGAAACAAAAUCAGAACUACCAAAUACACUCCUUUAAGUUUCAUACCUAAGAAUUUAUCAGGACAAUUUCUUAAUAAUGUGGCUAACAUUUAUUUCUUGGUUUUGAUUAUUUUGGGAUAUUUCCAAAUUUUUGGGGUUCCUAAUCCUGUAUUAUCUAUGGUCCCAUUAAUAGUUAUCUUGACAUUGACUGCAAUAAGAGAUGCUAUUGAAGAUUCAAGAAGAACAGUAACUGAUUUAGAAGUUAACAAUCAACCCACACAUAUUUUAGCCGAUUUGGGAACUAAUGAUAAUUUCCAUUAUGAAAACCUUAACAUAGCUGAUGAAAAGAUUUCUCUUUGGAGAAAGUUUAAGAAAUUAAAUUCAAGAUUAUUAUUCAGAAUCAUCGGUGCCAGUAAAAGAAAUUUAACCAAGAAAGGUAGACAAGAGAAACGUCAACCACAAGAUGAAACUAAAGCCCGUAAGAGUUUUGAAAGUGAUAUUUCACCUCGUCCAUCUAUGGGAGUCGAAACUACUUCCAAUAUCUUAGAAAACCCUUUCAGAAAAUCAGUUAAUCUUCAUCGUACGAGAAAUCUCAAAUUUGGAAGGAAUUUUUGGAAAAACGUGAAAGUUGGGGAUCUUGUUAGAAUUUAUAAUAACGAAGAAAUUCCUGCUGAUGUGAUAAUUCUUUCAACCAGUGAAGAAGAUAAUGGAUGUUAUGUUGAAACUAAAAAUUUGGAUGGUGAAACCAAUUUAAAGGUAAGACAAGCUUUAAAAUAUGGAUCCGAUCAUAAAAUUUCUAAAGCUGAUGAUGUGUUGAAACAAAGCUUUCAAAUUGAUAGUGAAGGACCUCAUCCUAAUUUAUAUUCUUACGAAGGUAACUUCAUCUAUGAUGAUAAUGAAGGUAAGAGAGUUGAAGAAUCUAUUAAUAUCAAUAAUUUAUUAUUAAGAGGAUGUAGUUUAAGGAAUACUAAAUGGGUAGUAGGAAUAGUUAUCUUCACAGGAGAAGAUUCUAAAAUCAUGAUAAAUGCCGGUAUAACACCAACUAAACAAUCAAGAUUAUCAAGAGAAUUGAAUUAUUAUGUGGUGAUAAAUUUCGUUUUAUUAUUCAUAAUUUGUCUUGUAUCGGGAAUCGUUAAUGGAUUUUAUUAUACGAAGACUGGAACUUCAAGAGAUUUCUUUGAAUUCGGGACUAUUGGGGGUACUCCAGCAGUUAAUGGGAUUAUCAGUUUCUUUGUUGCUGUGAUUAUUUAUCAAUCCAUUGUACCUAUUUCUUUAUAUAUUACCAUUGAACUUAUUAAAUCAGCCCAAGCUUUUUUCAUUUUUUCUGAUAUUGGUAUGUAUUAUGAAAGAUUGGAUUUCCCUUGUACACCUAAAUCAUGGAGUAUUUCUGAUGAUUUAGGUCAAAUUGAAUAUGUUUUCAGUGAUAAAACAGGAACUUUAACUCAAAAUCUUAUGGAAUUCAAGAAAUGUACUAUUAAUGGUGUUAGUUAUGGUAGAGCAUAUACUGAAGCUUUAGCAGGUUUAAGAAAACGUCAAGGAUUUGAUGUUGAAAGCGAGGCCAAUAUAGAGAAUGAGUUCAUCGCCAAAGAUAAAGUAGAGAUGUUCGAUAUGUUGAAAGAGAUUAAUCCUCAAAAUCAAUACAUUGAAGAAUCAAGUUUCGUUUCCAGUGAAUUCGUUAAGGACUUAAAUAGUGCUAAAGGUGAUUUACAAAAGAAAUCUAAUGAACAUUUCAUGUUAGCUUUAGCAUUAUGUCACUCAGUUUUAAUUGAAGACGAUGAAAAACAACCAGGAAAGAAGUUAUUAAAGGCCCAAAGUCCUGAUGAAGCAGCAUUAGUUGGAACUGCUCGUUCUUUAGGUUUUGAAUUCAUUGGUAGUACCAAGCAAGGGAUUUUAGUUAAUAUCCAAGGUGAAACUAAGGAAUAUCAAAUCUUGAAUGUAUUAGAAUUCAAUUCUACAAGAAAAAGAAUGAGUGCAUUAAUAAAAAUUCCAGGGAAAUCACCUAAUGACGAAGCCAAAGUAUUAUUAAUCUGUAAAGGGGCAGACUCCAUUAUUUAUAACAGAUUAAGUAAAACUGAUAAUGAUCAAAACUUGUUAACCACCACUUCAACACAUUUAGAACAAUUUGCUACUGAAGGUUUAAGAACCUUAUGUAUUGCUCAAAGAGAAAUAUCAUGGAAUCAAUAUUUAGAAUGGAAUAAAAGACAUAUGGAAGCUUCAUCAUCAUUAGAAAAUCGUGAAGAGAGAAUGGAACUGGUAGCUGAAUCAAUUGAAAGAGAAUUGAUUUUGUUAGGUGGUACAGCUAUUGAAGAUAGAUUACAAGAUGGUGUACCUGACUCUAUCUCGAUUUUAGCUCAAGCAGGUAUUAAAUUAUGGGUUUUAACUGGUGAUAAAGUGGAAACUGCUAUCAAUAUUGGUUUCUCAUGUAAUCUUUUGGGUAAUGAUAUGGAACUUUUGGUUCUCAAAACUGAUAUUUCUCAAGAAGAUAAAGCCAAAUAUGGUAUAAUGGAUAAUUCAACUGGAAUUAAAUUGAUGGACAGUUUAAUUUCUAAUUAUUUAAAAAUCUUCUUCAAUAUGGAAGGAUCUUUCGAAGAACUUGAAAAAGCAAAAGGUGAUCAUUCACCUCCAAACAGUAAAUUCGGGGUCAUCAUUGAUGGUGAUGCCUUGAAAUUGGUUUUGAAUGAUAAAGAUAUCAAACAAAAGUUUUUACUUUUAUGUAAAAAUUGUAAAGCUGUUUUGUGUUGUAGAGUUUCACCUAGUCAAAAAGCUGGUGUGGUUAAAUUAGUUAAAGAUACUUUGGAUGUUAUGACAUUGGCUAUUGGUGAUGGAUCCAAUGAUGUGGCUAUGAUUCAAGCCGCUGAUGUUGGGAUUGGUAUUGCUGGUGAAGAAGGUAGACAAGCUGUUAUGUCAUCAGAUUACGCCAUUGGUCAAUUCAGAUUCUUAACUAGAUUAUUAUUAACUCAUGGUAGAUGGUCAUAUAAAAGAUUUAGUGAAAUGAUACCUUCAUUCUUUUAUAAGAAUGUUAUUAAUUCCAUUGCAUUGUUUUGGUAUGGACUUUAUGAUGAUUUCGAUGGGGCUUAUUUGUUCGAAUAUACUUAUUUAAUGUUUUAUAAUUUAGCCUUUACUUCAUUACCAGUUAUAUUCUUGGGUAUUUUAGAUCAAGAUGUUUCACCUAAAGUUUCUUUAUUAGUACCGGAAUUAUAUCGUUCAGGUAUUUUAAGAUUAGAAUUCCCUGAACUGAAAUUCUGGCUUUAUAUGAUUGAUGGAAUUUACCAAUCAGUAAUUUCAUUUUUCUUCCCAUAUAUUAUUUACCGUACAGGUUUUAUAGAUAUGGGAGGUUUGGGUUUAGACCAUAGAUAUUUAUUGGGGGUCAUAGUUACUUGUAUUACAGUCAUUGCUUGCAACUUAUAUAUUUUGAUGCAUCAGUAUAGAUGGGAUUGGUGGUCUUCAUUAUUCAUAUUUUUAUCCAUUAUUAUAUUCUUUUUCUGGACAGGGGUUUGGACUUCAGCUACUUAUAGUGCAGAAUUUUAUAAAGCUGCUAGUAAAAUGUUUGGUAAUUUAAGUUUUUGGGCUUGUACUUUGAUUGGGGUCUUAGUUUGUUUGUUACCUAGAUUCUUUUAUGAUGUUUUACAAGCAAUUUAUUGGCCAAAAGAUAUUAAUAUCAUCAGAGAAUGUGUUCAAAAGGGAGAUUUCGAUAUAUAUCCUGAAGAUUAUGAUCCAACUGAUCCUAACAAAAUCAAAGUUAGUCAAUACAGUAGUGACAAGAUUAGAGACAUUAAUGAAAGUGGUACCCCAACACCACCUAAUGAUUUUGAAAAAUCAAAAUUAAGUGAGGAGAAUUUAACUCAAUUGAAUUAUAAUUCUUCAAGUACCAUUCAAAUACCUGAAAACGAAAUUGACUUCAACAUAAAACCAACCAAAGCUAAUCCUGAAAAUCAUUUAGUUAACAACAGGAAAUCCAUUAUAGAUAUAUUCAAAAGAAAAUCACAAGGAAAAUCAUAUUUUGAUAACAAUUCAUUCAUAGACAUUUAUAAUCAUCGUAAUGACACUAAUGAUAGUUUGGUUAAGACGGAAGAAUUAGAAUUACAAGAUUUUGAUAAUAAUCAUAAACGAGCAUCAAGAAUUUCAAAUGAGAACAGAAGAAUUUCAUCUGAAUAUCAUAGAUUUUCCAUGAAUAAAGUUAGAACUUCAUUAGAAUUACCGGAAUUGACCACGGUUGAAUCUUUGAAUAGACAAUUGUCCAAGGAAGGUUAA